UCCGGCAAGAUGGCGGGUUUGCUUUGUCUUCAGUGAUCGGGUUAAUUCAAUAUUCUGUAUUUUUCUCCAAAAGAUACAUUGGUGAUAAUUCUAUGCACUUUCUCUCUGAUAAAAGGUAUCGUAAGCUUCAAGUGUCCUGGACCAGCUAGAAAUGACGGCAGAGAUUUGCAGUACCAGCAAGUUGAAUACAUUGGUGACAAAACUACAUGAGUACUUGGGCCAUUCAUCAGAAGAGGAAAAUUGCGAGGUCCAGGUUCCAGAAAUCUCCCAUGGUCAAUUCCACAAAAUUUCCAGCAAAUCAAGCACUACAGACCAAAUAAUGGAAGAGCCAGGAAGCUCAACGGACACGGUGAAACCCUCUUCCUCCCGUUCAAAAAGGAAACCUUCUGUUGUGACAAAGCACACCGGAUUGGAUGAAUCCGACAUUUCGGACGAGAGUGGGAAUGAAGGUGCCACCUCUGAAAACCCUUCUGAGGCAAAUCUGGAUGUCAACAGCCUGCCAAAAGGCACAGUGGUGGUGAAGCCGGAGCCUGUGGGAAAUGAAGCUAAAGAUGACUUCAGAGGACCCGAAUUUCGCAGCAGAGGAUCAACUAAAUUCAAAACUGAUUCGCAGCGAAAACGAUGUGGUGAGCAUUUGCAGAGUAUUGUCAGUUGCACUGCCUGUGGACAGCAGGUCAAUCACUUCCAGAGGGACUCGUUCUAUCAGCACCCUGUUCUGAAAGUGCUCAUCUGCAAGUCAUGUUUCAAGUUCUACGCAAGUGAUGACAUCAGCAGGGAUUCAGAUGGGAUGGAUGAACAGUGCAGGUGGUGCGCAGAAGGGGGUAACCUGAUCUGCUGUGAUUUCUGCAAUAACGCCUUCUGCAAGAAGUGCAUUCUGCGCAACCUGGGGCGGAAGGAGCUCUCGGGCAUCAUGGACGAGGAGAGCAAGUGGUACUGCUAUGUGUGCAGCCCCGAGCCCCUGCAGGACCUGGUGGCGGCCUGCGACAGCGUGCUGCAGAAUCUGGAGCAGCUGUGGCGGCAACACCGCAAACGUGCCAAAGGCGAGCACGAGAAGACCGGCCGGGGCAAGGACGCUCACAGACACUCGCAGAUGGCCAAGGUGGCCCUCAACGGCAAGGAGCACGGCCUGGACGGCGUGAGCUCCGGCACCCUGACCUUCACCUACAAAGCGUUGAAGGUGCCCAAGGAACUGGCCAAGAAGACCAAGAAGCUGAUCGAGACCACGACCAGCCUGAAUCAGACCUUCAUCAAGUUCAUCCAGCAGGCCUCCAUGGCGAAGGGUACCAGCAUGGUCCGGUUGCGUCACCUAAAGGCCUUCCGGUCGGUGCUCUCCGACCUGAAGAUGGCCCACUCUGCCCUGGAGGAGUCCCUCGAGCAGGAGUUCAAGGGUGUGCAGCUACAGAACGGAGAUGAGAUGGGAUGCGACGUUAGCAGUGCGAGGCAAGUCGCAGAGGCAGAGGCAGCCGAAGAGGGCAACCAUGUCAAGCAAGAGGAUGCCAAAGAGACCGACAUCGGCACUACAGGGGGAAACUGUGAGUAUCCUGAUGAGGAUGGCACUACAGACGGAGCAGCGGAUGGUGCAGUGGAUGCCAUAUCAGACGAGGUCGAAAUGGAGAGCCCCCCACCCUCUCCCACGGAACGGUGCAGGACCCCGGGAGGACAGGGGCUGAGGGAAAAGAGGGUCAUCUCUGAAAAGGAGGCAGGUGACAAGGAGGGGUCUGGCUCAGCUGGCGAGUCCUCCCUGGACAAGGACAUAGUCUCAGUCCCCCUCUCUGUACCUGACGAGCUCUUUGACAAGGCUGAUGGUACUGCUGAUUCCUUGGCUGUGGCAGACGGGAAGGAGCGGGCUGGGGCCAGAGGAAGGAAAACCUCCAGAUCCACCAGGAAGUCCCCUGAUUCAGCGAAGAGCCGCAACAAGGUGACCAGAAACCUGGUGGUGAAGCUGACGCCUGUUUCAAUGGGGGGAUCUCCCAUACCCCGGGUCCGGACUAAGACCGAGGAUGAGGGGAGUAAAAUUGGAGUUGUGGUGAAGGAGGAACUUGAAGAGGGUGGGGUCAGCGAUGAGGAGAUGGUUGGGGACACAGAGGAAGCUCUGCCUCUGGAAGAGGGACUUGAGAACAGGCGCUCACCUCGGGUGAAGACGACGCCCCUUCGAAAGCCGGCAGACGGCAAAAGCAAGCCGCUCCCCGAACAGAUCAAGAGUGAGAGUGAAUCAGAUCAAGACUUACCCGCCAAGGUGAAAGCAGAUGGGGACAAAGACUCAGGGAAAACAGCGGCGUCCUCCAGUAAGGGAGAUGACUCCGACUCUGAUGAAGUCCCUGCUGUGCUGCUCCAGACGGCCAACAUGACAGCCAGCAUGACGGCCAGCUCGGAUGAAACUGAGGGUGGCGCCAGCGACGCCUCCAAAAAGGUGUCAAGGCGAUGCCUCUUCCAGCUGCAGAAGAGCCCCGCUCCAUCGCGGGACCAGGCUGCCUCCAAGCGCAAGGUGCGCGUGAGCUCCUCGAACCCGGACGAGGUGACCGCCCCCAGGAAAUCCACAAGGGUAAAGAAGGAGAGGGUCUCAGACUCAUCCAACUAUGAUUCGGACUUGGAGAAAGAGAUGAAGAGCCUGAGCAAGCUUGGCACAGUCAAGAGGAGUCGCCGGAAGACCAAGAAAGAGGCGGAAGAGAAGGAGGAGGAAGAAGCUGAAGAGGAAGAGAAAGAAGGAAGAGCGGAAAAGCGGCGCAAAGCGGCCACGGAGAAGAAGAAAGCUGCUCAGCCAAAAAGGAGGGCGUCAAGAAACAAAACAAAAACGCAUCAAUCAUCUUCCUCAAGUGACGAUGAGGAGGAGGAGGAGGGGGAGGAAGUGGAUGGAGACCAGGCGGCAAACUUUGCAGAGGACAGUGAUGAUCAGCAGAAGAUUAAGCCAAUCACAGAGGAGGUGGCUGCGGCAGCUCUCGAAUCUUUCCAGCAAUCAUCAGGUGAUGAAGCUUCUUUGAAAUCUGGUCCCACGUUGGUUGCGGACGAUGAUGAUGAUCCGGAAAACAGAGACCUCAAUCUUCUCCCUGCUGUCCCUGAUAGAAUUGCUAAGAAGUUGCUCUUGGCUCAAAUCAAAGCCAACUACUCUUCAGGAGAUGACAGCUCUUCAGACAACGAAUCUGAGAAGGAGGGCAAGAAGUCCUCCAAGAAAGAAGGGGAUGAGGAAGAGAAUGGAGAUGAUAAUGAGAACGACACAUCCAACUCUGGUUCAGGCUCAGGCUCAGGCUCGGACUCAGAAGACGAUGUAAAGAAGACUCCGCACCGUCAUAAGUUGCUGCGGCAUAAGCUCUCGGUGAGCGAAGGAGAGUCGGGUGACGAGAAACCUGCCGCCAAGGGUAAAGCCGGAGUCAAGAGGAAAGCCCGCAGGAAGGUGGAAAGCGAUGACUCCGCCGAUUCGGACUUCGAAGAGUCAGGCGGGAGCGACGAUUCUGUCGUUAGCGAUGAGCUCAGUGAGUCAGAGGAUGACGGCCGACGCAAAACGAGAUCUUCAAAGAAGGAGGAGACUCAGCGGAGCUACCACCAGAAAAAGAAGAGGCGUCGCAUCAAGGUGCAGGAUUCCUCCUCCAGCAACGAGAAGAGUGGUUCCGAUGAUGAUGAUGAUGACAAUGAAAAAGAAGAUGGAGAUGAUGACGACGACGACGAGAAAAGCACACCCAAGGGCCGCAAGAAGAUCCGCAAGAUCCUCAAGGAUGACAAGCUCAGAUCGGAGACGCAGAACGCUCUAAAAGAGGAAGAGGAUAGGAGGAAGCGAAUUGCUGAGCGGGAAAGGCUUAGGGAGAAGCUGAGAGAGGUCAUAGUUGUGGAGGAGGCAUCCCAGGUCACCUGCCCCAUAACCACCAAACUGGUCCUGGACGAGGACGAGGAGACCAAGGAGCCAAUGGUCCAGGUGCACAGGAACCUGGUGACCAAGCUCAAGCCCCACCAGGUGGAUGGAGUGCAGUUCAUGUGGGACUGUUGCUGUGAAUCGUUGAAGAAGGCAAAGAAGUCUCCAGGCUCAGGUUGCAUCCUGGCCCACUGCAUGGGUCUGGGUAAAACAUUGCAGGUGGUUACCUUCCUCCACACAAUGCUGCUAUGUGAGAAACUCAACUUUUCCACCGCCUUGGUGGUGUGCCCGCUCAACACUGUUCUUAACUGGCUCAAUGAGUUUGAGAAGUGGCAGGAGGGCAUGAAGGAUGAGGAGUGCUUGGAGGUGACCGAGCUGGCCACGGUGAAGCGGCCCCAGGAGCGCUCGUAUGCCCUGCAGCGCUGGCAGGAGGAUGGCGGCGUCAUGAUCAUGGGCUACGAGAUGUACCGCAACCUCACUCAGGGCCGCAACAUCAAAAGCAAGAAGCUAAAGGAGGUCUUUCAGAAGACCCUGGUGGACCCAGGCCCAGACUUUGUGAUAUGUGACGAAGGGCACAUCCUGAAGAAUGAGGCCUCAGCUGUUUCCAGAGCCAUGAACUCCAUUACAACGAAGCGGAGAGUGGUGUUGACUGGGACCCCGCUGCAGAAUAACCUCAUUGAGUAUCACUGCAUGGUGAACUUCAUCAAGGAGAACCUCCUGGGCUCUGUCAAAGAGUUUCGGAAUCGCUUCAUCAACCCCAUCCAGAAUGGCCAGUGUGCUGACUCCACCCUUGUGGAUGUGCGAGUUAUGAAGAAGCGUGCUCAUAUCCUGUAUGAGAUGCUGGCUGGCUGUGUCCAGAGACGGGAUUACACAGCGUUGACGAAAUUCCUGCCCCCAAAGCACGAGUAUGUGCUGGCAGUGAGGGUGACACCCAUCCAGUGCAAACUCUACCGAUACUACCUGGAGCAUUUCACAGGUGUUGGUGCCGCCCCGGAGGGGGGGCGAGGCCGGGCCGGGACCAAGCUGUUCCAGGAUUUCCAGAUGCUCAGCAGAAUCUGGACCCAUCCGUGGUGUCUUCAGCUGGACUACAUCAGCAAGGAAAACAAGGGCUACUUCGAUGAGGACAGCAUGGAGGAAUUUAUCGCUUCGGAAACGGAGGAGUCCUCCAUGAGUUUAACCUCUGAGGAUGAGAAGGCCAAAAGAAAGAAGAAACGAGGGAAAGGUAAGAAGGCCAGCACGGAUGAAUCGGACAGCGAUGACCUGGAAGUGAUCAAAGAGUGGAACACUAGCUCCCGGGGGGGAAACCCAGAGAGCCGGAACAGGGCAGAGCCUGUUGAGGAAGUGAAAGCGUCCUCCAGUUCAGCUCCUGGCAGCCCUUCCCCUGACUGGCACAAGGACUUUGUCACUGAGCCGGAUUCUGAAAUUCUGGAACACUCCGGAAAGAUGGUGCUACUGUUUGAGAUCCUCCGGAUGGCAGAGGAAAUGGAAGACAAAGUACUGGUGUUCAGUCAGUCUCUGAUUUCACUGGACCUCAUUGAGGAUUUCCUGGAGCUUGCUGGCAGAGCCAAGGAAGAAGGGAAGACUUCUCCCUAUAAAGGUGAGGGAAAAUGGUUCCGAAACAUUGACUACUACCGCCUAGACGGGUCGACUAAUGCUUUAACGAGGAAGAAGUGGGCCGAAGAGUUCAACGACAUGAGCAACGUCCGGGGUCGUUUGUUCCUCAUCUCCACAAGAGCUGGGUCUCUUGGGAUCAACCUGGUAGCGGCAAACAGGGUCAUAAUUUUCGAUGCUUCCUGGAACCCCUCCUAUGACAUUCAGAGUAUCUUCAGGGUGUAUCGCUUCGGCCAGGUCAAGACUGUGUUUGUCUACAGAUUUCUGGCUCAGGGCACCAUGGAGGAAAAGAUCUACGACCGGCAGGUGGCCAAACAGUCUUUGUCCUUCCGAGUGGUGGACCAGCAGCAGAUCGAGCGCCAUUUCACCAUGAACGAGCUGACUGAGCUGUACGCCUUUGAGCCCGACCAGCUGGACGAUCCCAACUCCGAGAAGAAGAGCAAGAGGGCCACGCCCAUGCUUCCCAAGGACCCCUUCCUGGCAGAGAUGCUGCAGAGCUUGAAGGGGCACAUCGUGGGGUAUCAUGAGCACGACUCCCUCCUGGACCACAAAGAGGAGGAGGCCCUGAGCGAAGAGGAUCGCAAGGCCGCCUGGGCCGAGUACGAGGCGGAGAAGAAGGGCCUGUCUUUGAGGGCGAACCAGUCAGCCUACGGUCAUAUGGGAAUGGGCGCCGCCAACUACAUGUCCUUCAAUGUAGCCGCCCUGGCCGCCAUGAGUAACCAGCAGCUGGAGGACCUGCUAAACCAAGGCCGGCAGAAGGUGCUGGAAGCCUCAUCUGCCCUGCAGACUAUCCCAAGAGAGUCCCUGGAGGACACCAUCUCACGAGUGUGGAAGGAGAACCCAAGCCUGACGGAGGUGCAGGUGCAGUCCAUGGCCUUGGGCCGGCAGUCCACCGUGGAGCUGGAGAUGAAGCGGAGGGAGGCCAUGUACCGCGACGUACUCAACAAGCAGCAGACGCUGAUGAUGUACGUCCAGAAGGUGAUCACCAACAGGAAGGUCCAGGAGCAGCAGAUUGCCAUGGCCAACCGGGCCAACCUCCUGAACCAACUGGCCCUGCAGAAUGGCAUGAUGGGACCCCAGAUAGACUUGUUGGGAAUGUACCAGUUUGGUGGGCAGAUGUCCCAGAUGUUGCCCGGUGUGGCCUCGCAAAACAUGCAGCUGGGCAAAAACCCGGGGUCCUCCAAGGGCAACUGACGUGUCUGACACACCCGCUCAAGGAUCUGGGUUCUGGACUGGCAGAGCGAUUCAAUCCACUUUUAGCACCUCUUUGCGGCUUCCCCCACCAAGAGAAGUAUUCAAGAACAUCAGAGGAUGGUGCUAAGGGGUCUUGCAAUUUUAUUUGAAGUUGUUGUAUAUAUAGCCUUAAUGUUCUUCAUUUUAUUCCCAUUUUUCAAGGUAUUUUCAAAAUGCUAAAAAACAUAACAAAACAAUUUCUCCCCAAAUGCUUUUAAGCAUUGCAUCAUUCUUUACAUAAAAAUUCCCUUUUAAGGAGGGCUGUUGAAUAAAUUGUUUUUGUUGUUUUUAUACCGUAUAUAAAAGUAUAAUAUAAAAGCCUAACUACACUUAAGUGGGACCACAGUAUUGCUUGUUUAUUCUGAUUUGACUAUCUUGCCUCCUUAAAGCAACAACCCUCUCCCCUUAAUGAAGUCCUUAAUCAGUUUAUAACCGGCAAUUUUAUGAUAACUGGUUCUCCAGGAUAUACCUGAUACCAAUACCUGAAAAUAAAAUAAUUAGUUGCGUAAAUUAUGGCCUUAUAAGAAGUUUAUGAGCAUCUUGUAAAAUUAUAAUUAAAAAAAGUGUUGGAUACCAUCUUUUAUUCUUUUGUAUUAUGCUUUGAGGCAGUUAUGCUAGUUGUUGCUUAAUCAUGAUAUGGAAUGCCCGUGUCGUUCAAACUGCUUGCUGGAUUUAUCUGGACUUUUGUAACUUCCAGUUCUUGUUGUAAAGUGUGCCUAGUCAUAGUACUGUGGGUACUGUUAAUGUUAUCCUGUUAUUUUUAAAUUUUUUUGUUAAUCUUUUGUUCCACUUGUGUUGUGUUUUAUUUUUGUUUUUCUCUGCACAUUUUCGCUUACCAGUGCUAAACAAGCGUAGAUGUGUGGUGUUGAGGAAUGACCUCACUUAUCGGAGACUGGGAGGGUGUGCACCCCCCAGAUUGCACAAGGUGUAAUUAAGAAAUGUAGAGGAACUUUUAUCCUUCCCAAGAAUGUUACCAAUGUUAGCAAAUACACUUCCUUGUUUUGCCAUUAAUCUGAUCUGCUAUUUACUAGAUACGUAUUUAAUAUUACAUUUAAUAAAGUGACCAAAAGGCUGGUUUUCUCGUA